AUGUUUAGUUCAAGGUUCUUGGGUUAUGCAAUAUUGUUAGUUUUCUUCCUUUCUCAAGUUAUCUUUGCUGCUAGGUUGGGGAAAGGAGUGGGUAAGGGAGCCGGUGAAAGCUUGUCUGGUGUGGACUCAACUUCUGGAUAUGGGUCGGGUUACGGUUCUGGUAGCGGUUAUGGGUACGGUGGUGGCAAUGGAGGAGGAGGUGGCGGCGGCGGUGGAGGAGGAGGUGGUGGGGGUGGUGGUGGUGGGAGAGGCAAUGGUUCUGGGUCUGGGUCUGGGUAUGGAUAUGGGUCCGGGAGUGGAUCUGGAUAUGGGUCGGGUGGAGGUGGUGGCGGUGGAGGAGGAGGUGGUGGCGGCGGGGGAGGGUCGGGCUCAGGAAGUGGAUAUGGAAGUGGUAGCGGGUCGGGUUAUGGAAGCGGUGGAGGAAGAGGAGGUGGCGGCGGUGGUGGUGGCGGUGGUGGGGGAGGAGGUGGUGGUGGUGGGUAUGGUAAUGGAUCUGGAUAUGGGUCGGGUUAUGGAAGAGGGUACGGUGGAGGUGGAGACUAUGAACCUUAAAGAGGCAGGAAAAUAUGUUUGAUUUUUCAUUAUCUAUUAUUAUUUGUGAUAUAUAAUUAAUUAAGUUGGAAUAAAAUGAAGUUGUUUUACCGGUCAGCCUCAUGCAUUUGAUAAGGUUUGUAAAUCUAUAGGUUGAAAUUGAUAAUUUCAACACUUGUUCAAUAAU